AUGCCCAACUCCAUGAACAUCGACAUGAGCCGUCGCAACAAGAGCCCCCGGCCUCUUUCCGACAACGAGCGCGCUCGUCUGGAGGAGUUCAUUGACAGCAUCCAUUACUCCGCCCGCUAUUCGGAUAGCGAGUACGAGUACAGACAUGUACAGCUGCCAAAGGCAAUGCUCAAGGCAAUCCCCAAGGACUACCACGACCCGUCGCAUGGCACCCUCAAGUUGCUCUGGGAGGAUGAAUGGCGCGCCAUUGGUAUCACACAGAGCUUGGGUUGGGAGCACUACGAGGUCCAUGAGCCCGAGCCGCAUAUUCUGUUGUUCAAGCGGCCACUCAACUACCAGCCUCCUCAGUGA